AUGUCUCGGAUAUUAAACCUCAUUAGCGUUCAACUGCGCAAAGACGUCAGUGCGCGUGGAGGGAUUCCACGGCUCCCCGCGAGGACCGUCUGCUGCACCGCAAGCAAACACGCAGAAGAAGGUGAUGCCGCUUCGGCUUUGGGGAAGCGCUGGAAGGACACCGCAGACACCGUCAUCAUUGGCGGAGGAUGCGUGGGGGCCAGCCUGGCCUAUCACCUGGCCAAAGGCGGCGUGAAGGAUGUGGUGCUGCUGGAGAAGUCUGAGCUGACGGCGGGCUCCACCUGGCACGCUGCAGGUCUGACGACUUAUUACCAUCCAGGCAUCAACCUGAAGAAAGUCCACUUUGACAGCAUCAAACUCUACGAGACCCUGGAGGCGGAAACGGGACAGGCCGUGGGCUUCCACCAGCCCGGCAGCGUCCGCAUCGCCGCCACAGCGGCCCGAGUGGACGAGAUGAGGUACCAGAUGACUCGGACGCACUGGCACGUGACGCCGCAGUACCUCAUCGGACCGGAAAAAGUCCAAGAACUCUUCCCCCUGCUCAACAUCGACAAGGUGCUGGCAGGUCUUUAUACCCCCGGAGACGGCCACAUCGACCCGUACUCUCUGACCAUGUCUCUGGCUGCGGGAGCUCGCAUGUACGGCGCCCAGAUCUACAAUCCGGCUCCAGUCGCCGGGCUCAGCCCGACAGCAGACGGGAAGUGGGACGUCCAGACUCCUCACGGGACCAUUCGCGCAAAUCGCAUCGUGAACACAGCAGGAUUUUGGGCGCGUGAAGUGGGCCAGAUGAUUGGUUUCCAACACCCCACCAUCCCUGUGCAUCACCAGUACGUGGUGACGGCAACGGUACCAGAGGUGAAGGCUCUGAAGAAGGAGCUGGCCGUCAUCAGGGACCUGGAGGGCUCCUACUAUCUACGCCAGGAGAGAGACGGGCUGCUGUUUGGUCCGUAUGAGAAGAUGGAGAAAAUGGUUCUUCAGGACUCCUGGGUUAGAGAUGGAGUCCCACCAGGUUUUGGGAAGGAGCUGUUUGAGUCGGACCUGGACAGAAUAAUGGAGCACAUAGAGAUGGCCAUGGAGAUGGUUCCCGUGCUGAAGAAAGCCGACAUCAUAAAUGUCGUGUCUGGACCGAUCACAUACACCCCGGACCUGCUGCCCAUGGUUGGACCACAUCAGGGCGUCCGCAACUACUGGACUGCCAUUGGCUUUGGGUAUGGAGUUAUCCACGCCGGCGGCAUCGGUAAGUUCCUGAGCGACUGGAUUAGGAACGGAGAGCCUCCAUACGACCUGAUUGAAUGCGAUCCCAACCGAUACGGCAAAUGGACGGAUGUACCUUUCAUGUGCGCCAAAGCGAGGGAGUCUUAUGGCUUCAACAACGUGGUCGGUUACCCCAAAGAGGAGCGGUUUGCCGGUCGGCCGACGUGCAGGACGAGCGGCGUUUAUGAGCUGCUGAAGGACAAAUGCUCCAUGGGCUUCCACGCUGGCUGGGAGCAACCCCACUGGUUCUACAAACCCGGAGAUGACACCGGAUACAAGCCCAGUUUCAGACGUACCAACUGGUUCGGACCUGUCGGGAGAGAGUGCAGACUGGUGAUGGAGAAGGUGGGCGUGAUCGACCUCACGCCUUUCGGGAAGUUCGUCGUGAAAGGGAAGGACUCGCUCAAGUUGCUCGACCGCCUGUUUGCCAACACCAUGCCGAAGGUCGGCCAGACUAACAUCAGCCACAUGCUGACACCUGCUGGGAGAGUUUUUGCCGAGGUCACCAUCACCCAGCUGACGCCGGGAGAGUUCCUGCUCAUCACAGGCUCGGGCUCUGAGCUCCAUGACCUCAGGUGGAUGGAAGCAGAAGCUGCAGAGGGCGGAUACGACGUGGACAUCAGGAACGUGACGGACGACGUCGGCGUGCUGGGAAUUGCGGGACCGAAUUCGCGGAAGGUUCUCCAGAAGCUGACAGACAAGGACAUGAGCGACGCCGGGUUCAAGUUUCUCCACUGCAAGCACAUUCAGCUGGCUGGCGUCCCGGUCAGGGCCAUCAGGAUCUCCUACACCGGUGAACUGGGCUGGGAGCUGUACAUGGACCAGAAGAACUUGGCGGCGGCGUACCAGGCCAUGAUGGCAGCGGGAAAAGACGAGGGCAUCGACAAUUUCGGCACCUAUGCCAUGGCCUCGCUCAGACUGGAGAAGGGCUUCAGGGGCUGGGGAGCGGAGAUGAACUGUGACACGAAUCCUCUGGAAGCUGGGCUGGACCAUUUCAUUAAACAGAACAAGCCGGCCGACUUUAUCGGCAAAGCGGCGCUUCAGGAGGUCAAAGCCAAAGGCCUGAAGAGGAAGCUGUCCUACCUCUCUGUGAGGACGGACGACGUCGACCCGGAGGGCAACGAGACCAUCUGGCUCGACGGCAAGGUGGUGGGCAACACCACGUCCGGAGCCUACAGCUACAGCAGCCAGCAGAGCCUGGCGUUCGGCUACCUGCCCCUGGAGCUGUGCUCUGUGGGCCAGCAGGUGGAGGUGGAGCUGCUGGGGAAGAAGUUCCCCGCCACGGUGAUCCAGGAGCCCCUCGUCCUCACCGAGCCCACGCGGACCCGGCUCGCUAAGAAAGCGAAGGCCAAAGCAUGAGCAGCCGUCGACAUCAAAGACCGGUUCAAAAAAAUCCUGCUGUGAAUGAAAGACAAGAAUGAAGGGAGGAAAAAAAUAAAUAAAUAAAUGUGGUCCACAUGCUGAACUGUUUGCAGAUCAGGGGACAGUUUAGAUAAAAACAAAAAAAAAGAAAAACCUCCUGUGUCCUGACAAGAUGAAGGAAACAAAUUGUUUGGAUGCCAUGGGAAGUCUUCCACAAUGUGUGUGUGUGUGUGUGUUUGUGUGUGUGUGAGGGGGAGUAAUUACCUUUUUUCUGAUUCCAUGAAAGGAAGAUCAGUGUUUACAGGUCAGAUGUUCCCGUGUGAUAACUGGAACAGAGCGUGGAGCCGCCAAGAAAUAACCAGAAGAAAAGUUGUUUCCUUAAAUGUAAAAAUAUAUAUCGUUUUGUAAAUCAUUUUUGUGUGACUAAGGCAAUUAAAAUUGUGUAAAUAGUA